AUGGCAUUCAAGCUUGUCAUAUAAUUAUAACUUAGUGGUGGUAGUAGGGGGCUGAUGAGUAAGCUACUGGAGAGGCAUGGACUACAGGGGCGGACUGGUACGCAACAGGGGCUGCGUAUUUGGCGAUGGGAGCAGCAUACGCAACUGGGGCAGAGUGGUAUGCUACGGGGGCGACCACUUUAGCAACAGGGGCAAUCACCUUGGCGACGGGAGCAACAACCUUGGCGACAUGUCCGAGGGCUUCCUUGUGUACAACAGCGUUGAAACCGUUGUGGGGGUCAGCAGUGUACUCAACAGUGCGCUUGGUACCGUCAGGGUCUACCACGGAGUAGGAGCCGUGCACAACAUCACCAUCACGAGUCUCGUGCUGGCUCUUGGAGUCACCGGUGUGUCCGUCUUGUACAUCAUAAGAGAAGCUGUACUGGGGGUUGGUGUCAUAGGCCUCAACCUUGGCAACAGGGGCAGCGUAUGCCACGGGGGCAGCAAUUUUGGCCACGGGAGCGGCGGCGUAGUAUGCAGGAGCGGCUUGCACAGCGUGGCUGGUGUAGGCGAGGGGAGCCGAGUAGGACACUUGAGCAGCUGGUAGAAGGCCAGCGCUCGCCACAGCCAUCAGGCAAGACAGGGCGACAAACUUGAAUGCCAUUUUCGGUAGUGGUAAUGUUCAACAGAG